GCUGUUUGUAUAUGAAUGUGCAUGCUGAACGAGAAACCUAAUACUCCUUGACAGCAGCUGCAGCACCUUUUGCCGCUUUCUGACCGUCCCCAUCGUAUCGCGCUUCUACCUCCGUUGAAGGCCUGCCCGCCAUUAUUUCCCAUAGUUCUUUCUCAAGAACACCGUCGCGCCAUCCGCAUACUCUUCUCAAAUGCCUCUCGUUCGUUGCAAGGUGAGCCUCCCCAUCCUCCUACUAAUCGCGGACUCUAACCCCCUCCCAUGCACAAUGGCUAACCGACGUGAUUCCCGCUCCCGCCGCCCCCGUCCCGUCCCACCCGACCGACAGUGGUACGACGACAACGGCGCGCCGAUCAACGGCGGCUGCCGUUUCGGAACCAACUGCGACUUCGUCCACCCGAGCCAGGCGCAGUGGACCACUGCCCCGAAGCCGAGGCAGGGCUACACUGCGAACCGGAAGCGCGGCGCGGGCGACAGGGACGGGGACCGCAGCAGAGGACGCGGCUGGGACAGGGACAGGGACAGAGACGGGGACGGGGGCGAGUCGGGGCGGAGCACGGGCAGGUUCCCGGGUACGAGCACGAACGCGCUCCCGGUGGGUCCGCGGAGGAGGGAGUCGGAGGUUGGGGCGGCGUCUUCUUCUGGGUGGGGCGCUGCGCCCGUCGGGGGGCAGGCGUGGGGGGAGGAUGGUGCGCAGGCGGGCGCGAGUGCGGGUGCUAACCCCCCGGCGGCGGCGUCGUCCUCGUCUGCGGGAGCAAGCUGGGGCAACCCGUCCGACUGGGGUAACCCGUCGGCCGACUGGAGCAACGUAUCGAGCGGCUGGGGCGACGCAUCGAACGACAGUAACCAAGGAUGGGGCGGCGGCGACGUCGACUUCUCGUCGUGGGCGGAUCCAGACCCGGCCACGGCCCCGGCCCCGCUCGACUCAUCCACUAGCGGGAGGGGGGUGCCACCGCAGCCUCCUUCGACUGCAGAAGCACAAAAGGGAUGGGACGUCUCGGCUCCUACAAAACCUCCAGAACAUCAAGAGCCCGUGAGACCGACCGUUUCCACGUCGUCGAAAGGCAAGGAGCGGGAAAGGGUCGAGAGCCCCGUUGCGAUAAGCCCCCAGAUCGCGUUCCACACUCCUCAGGCGGAGUUUACGACACCAAGAACGCCCCGCUCGCCGAACCCGACUCGUAGCCCAGAGGAGCCCCGCGGGCUCCAGUAUCAACGAAGGAACACAUCUUUGGCGGAUUCUGGACCCGCCGCCUCUGCAGACGACCAGGCCAUGGCGACAAAAGUCGCGAGUCAUAUGCGGAACGAGCGCGAGGGGUUGCGCAUGUCCAGCUUUGGCGUGCCCGUCUCGACUGCGAGCGCCGGCCCCGCAGGGGCGUCCUCGUCCAAACCGAACCCGUUCGCCUUUCCGCAGUACACCCCUGCAGAGAACAUGCAGGUGCAAGAGCGGGGGGGGCUCCUCAUUGAAGAGCAAGACACAGACAUGGCGGACGAGACUGGUGUCCCUGCAGCACAGGAUCAGGCAAUCCCUGAGGGUCUCAAAGCUCAAUGGAAAGACUUUACUCGCAACCUCUCAAGAGCCGUCACGCUGCAGCUGGAGUUGCGCACUCAUGAAGACAAGCGCGAGAAGCAGCGGAAGCUCCAACACUCGCGCGCGUACCAGAGCGGGUCCAUGGUCGACGUGCACCGCAGACUCGAGAAGAUGCGUGCGAACACGGAGAGCACGAUCGCGGAGAAGCGCAAGCACUUGGACGCCUGCCUCGACAAGCUCGUGCGCUACCCGCUCCAGGGCCUCCCCGUGCCCUCCCCGGAGGACAACACGCGCGAGAACGAGCUCCAGCUCGUCCGCGAUUACGUCUCGCAGAUCAACGGCUGGCUGGACCAGAUCCGGCCGAUGGUCCAGCAGCACCAGGAGGCUCUCAAGCAGGCGCAGGAGAUGCGUCAACGCGAGGAGGAGGAGAGGCGCAAGGCUAGGGAGGAGAAGCGCAAGGCGCAUGAGGAGGCGGAGGCCCUGGCGAAGACACAGCUGGACAAGGCGAAGUGGGCCCCGAUCGACUCGGAGCGCGUGCUCAUGUCGGAGCUGAAGUCGAUGAUGGAGAACAUGGACGAGCGCGUGACCGACCUCGAGUGCGGGGUCGACGACCUGCGCAACGAGGGUACGGGGGUCGAGGACAUCGUCCUGCAGAAGCUCGAGGAGCGUGGGUACAAGCAGAAGAGCGCGCCGCUCCGGGCGCAGAGCUCUAUCGAGGAUGGCGAGGUGGUGCCUGAGCCUCCGCGGUCGCUCAAGGAGCUCAAGGAGGAAGUCACGGACCUCAGGACGCGCUUUGAGAAGGCCAACGGCGACGUCGCCAAGAGCAUGGAGGAGCUCGAGGCUCGCAAGCAGCGCGGGCUGGCGCAGAAGCGGGACUACUACGAGCUCGCGCGGGAUAACGCGAGCCUGAGCCUGAAGGUGGACGAGCUCGUGAAGGCGGACAAGCAGAACGCAGAGCGCUGCGCAAGCAACGAGAAGGCGAUCGCGGAACUUCGCGAGAUGCUGGAUAAGCACGGUGCCGCCCAGCCCCCUCCGAUCCCUCCCCAUCCCACCGCGGAGGACAUCACGGAGAUGCUCAGGAAGCCACUAUUGGACGAUCUGCUCGCCGUCGCCAAGCGGGCGGUGGACCGCCUCAAGUCCGGGGUGGAGGAGAGCAUGAAGACCAACGAGGAGCUCAUCUGCAGACAGCUCUUCAUUGUCCUUCAGCCCGCGCUCGCCAUGGUCGAUACUGUCAAGCCUGUGAUCGACCGGUACCCGGACCCGCAUGCGCAUCCACAGACGCAAGCUGUGGUACAGCAUUCAUGAUUCAUCUAUGCGUUUCGUUUCGUGUCCCUGUGUGGCUGGGGUGUUUAUUAUACUCAUGCAGGUAUGCUUCCUGUGUAGGAUUGUAAUAGGCUUCGCUAUGCCUGUGUAGAUAUGUCGCGAUUGUUCUCCUUGCUCCAACCAUCACCACAUCGCGACGACUGUUGUCUCUUGUACUAUCUCAUGGUCAUCUGUCCUGUAUUGUCGUCGCAUCUGUAUUUGCUGUUUAUAUCGCUACUGUUCCUCCUCAGCACGGACUCUAUUUCCGCACGCGGAUUUUUGCCACAUAAUGGGUCUGAUGUACAUAUUGAGUGACCCGCGAUGUGUCGUUCCAGUCGCACAACACUUUCC